CACACACACAGCAUCGGCAGCAGGUGCGGGCGCGCGCAUCACUGUGUGCAUCACCGAGGGCAUGGAGUUGAAAACCUCCAUCAGUCAAACUGCGCUUUGAUUCACCGGCCGAAGAGCAAAGCAGCAGCAUUCUGAUCCAGCUCAAACUUCAAGUGUGUUGUGGAGCUUGAAAGCAUGGAGAAAGGACGCAGCACCCCGAAACUGUACGGAUCCCUGGAUCAAACAGAGCUCUGCGGAGACACAGUCAAACAAGCUGAAGAGGAUGUGGUGUCCAUGGCUGAUUCCACCAUAACUGUGGAGGACAUUGAGGGAGAGCUGUUCAAAAUCGAGAGGAUAAAGGAUGCGCUGGUCCGGAAAGAGUCUGAGCUCAGAUAUAUGAUGGAUGACAUCCAGUUGUGUAAGGAGAUCACAAGGCUCAAAAAAGAACUCCAGAAAUUGGUUUCCAUCCCAGACAAAGACAAGUCAAAUGAGGACAGGCAGCGUGAGGAAGAACUACUUCAGCAGAUCCAGAAGCUGGUGGAGACGCGGGACUUUUUAGUGGACGACAUGGAGUUUGAGAGGCUCAGAGAGCGAGAAGAGGACAAAGAGAUGGCUGACUUCCUACAGACCAAAUUUCCCAACAGGUGCAGCAUGAAAAGUCACACCAAGGACAAGAGAAUGACGUCCAGAGCCCAGCAGACCUCGUCUCCGUACGUGACCAAGACAGGUGUCACCCUGCUGAAGGAGUGCUGCGGCUUCACCUGCUCCAUCAUGUAGAUAUGUGAAUGUAAAACAGGAGAGAGUGACGAGUAAACAAGCCCUCAGAUCCGUGAUUCAGCACAAUAUUUUCAAGCACUCUUUCACAUAACAUUUCAGAACAGACGGCAGUGCAUGAGUGCCAAACUAAUGUGCAUAUUAUGAAGAAUUAUUGCAUUAACGUAAUCGAGGAGACAUGCAGAAUUAGCAGUGUGAUUAGAUGGUACAGUGUAGUUUUAAAGGCGUAGUUCACCCAAAAAUGAGAGUUCUGUUAUCAUUUACUCACCCAUAAUCCAUACCUAUAUGAGUUUCUUUAUUCUGCUGAACACACACAAAAAAAAGAUAUUUUGAAGAAUGUUGGUAACGAAACAGUUUCGGUUCCCAUUGACUUCCAUUGUAUGAUAAGGAUAUCUUCCUCCGUGGUUCACAGAAGCAAGAAAUUCAUACAGGUCUGGAUGAGGAAGAGUAAACUGUGACAGAAUUCUCAUUUUUGGGUGAACUCUUCUUUUAAAGCAGACUAACGUCUGAAUUCCCAUGAGCAGUUGUUAACCUCUUGCUCUUGCUAGCACAUUAUUUCCUCCCUUCCUUCUUGCAAAAGACUCAAUUAUCUGUUGUGGAGUUGCAUCACCAGCCAACCACAAUGUAUGUCACCAAAACCACUGACAUUGUCCUUGGGUUUUGAAGGAAUAGUUCACCUAAAAAUGAAGAUUCUGUCAAUAUUUGAUGAUAGGGAGAGCGAUAAGGAUCUGCCCUGUCCAAAAUCUCUCCACUUAGGCUAGAGAGAAAAAUACAUUGACUUGAGAUUUGCAUUGGGAAAUUUUAGUUUGCUAAAGCUCAUGAAUUCAGUGCAGAGCAGGGUUAUUUUAGUUCACUAAAACUAAAACCAUAAAAAAAUAAAAAAAACAUUUUCGUUACUUGAAUGUUAACUAACAUGAAAUCUAGAAUAAAAAAAAAACUUUUUUUUUUCAUCUAGUUGCCAAGGCAACAUUUCUCAUUUUCAUUUAGUUGAACAGUGCCAGAAAAUAACUAAAAUGAAAACUGAAAUCAAAUGAAUAAAAAUUAGUAUAUAAACCUGUUUUAAAAUGUCAAAAACAAAAUUACUAAAUGUUUAGUAUAAUAAAAAUGAAUUCAUAGUAACAAGGGAUUAGAGGUAAAAUAAUAAACCUUAACAAAUGUUUCAUUUGCUUAGAUGAGUACUAAGGAGCACUAGCAUGUUUUUUAAUGAUGGUGUAUAAUUAAUUAAAAACAGAGAUUGCCAGAAGAUCUGCUUACUAAUUAGAAGAAUGUGCACCUUUGCUUCUGACUUCUACCUUCACAGUUUUCAUCUUCAUUUUUAGCUAUGAUUCUGAUGAAAGUCGUAUCGUUUUGUGGUGCUCAGUAUGUAUCUUGACAUAAUACAAAUGCAGUUUGAAAGUUAAAACAGAUAUAUUUAUUUUUGACCCAAUUUUAGUUGAUUUUCAAAUUUAAUAAGGAAAUGAAUUGAUCUCUCUCCACUGCAAUGUGCUUUAGUAUUAAUAACAUUAUUUAUAUGAACAAAUUGUGUACACUACUGUUUAAAAGUUUGGGAUCAGUAAGAUUUUUUUUCAUUAUUAUUAUUUUUUUUUUAGCAAGAUGCAUUAAAGUGACAGUGAAGUCAUUUAUAAUGCAACAAAAUAUCUUAAUAAAACGUAUACGUUUCUGCAAAAAAUAUUAAGCAGUACAGAAUGAUUUUUGCAGGAUAAAAUGAUGCUGAAAACUGCAACAAGAAAAUACAAAGAGUUAUUUUAAAUUGUAAUAAUAUUUCACAGUAUUUCUGUUUUACUGUAUUCUUCGUCAAAUAAAUGCAGCCUUGGCGAACAUAAAAAUAUUAAAAAAUCUUACCAACCCCAAACAUCGCAAUGGUAGUGUAUUUGUGAUGUAUCAUAUUAACUACAGUGUUUAUGCCAAAAAAUUCACAGUAUUUUAUCUUUGAAAAAGAAAUCAAAUUGUGAAGCUGGUGAUAAUUGUCUAUUAAUAUGUGCAGCAACAAAAUGUUGAAAUGUAAUGCUCACAGACAUACUUGACAUGUACUAUGCUGCUUAGCUGUGCAGGAAUUUAUUCAUGCUAAUGCUUCUGUUGUUAUUUUCAUGCCUCUAAAUGAUAUUUUUCCACUAAUGAAUAUAAAAGAAUUAUGAUGAAUGAACCGAUGCUUCAUUGUCUUUUAGUGGACAGCUAAACAUACUACAGACACGUAACAUUAUCUUUUAUAUAAAUAACAAAACCAUGAUAAUCAAACUUGAAAAUAUAAUAUAAAACGUCUAAUAAUGUAGUCCAGCAUCUUAAAUUUCUAGAUCAACAUUC